AUGUCAGCGGAUGAAAGAGAAGAAGUUAUGUGCAUGGCAAUGAAGAAUGGGGCACAAUUCUUCUUGCAAAAGCCAAUACUAGCUGAUGACCUGAGCUCUAUAUGGCAGUAUUGUGAAUUGUGGAGAAGCCAAAGGAACAAUAGUGUCCCUCGAGUGACGCAAAUCACUCAAAGCUCUCAAGCAAUGGUAAGCCAAAGGAACAAUAUUGUCUCUCGAGUGACACAAAUCACUCAAAGCUCUCAAGCAAUGGUACGUAGUGGGAACGACAAUGAUAAUAGGAAUAAUAAUGCUGGAGGGAUGUCGAUUUCUGAUACAAGAAACAAUGGCGAUGAUGGUAGAAAAGGGAGGAUUGUUUGGGAAAGCUACUUGCAUGACCGUUUCUUGGAAGCUAUUUUAGUUAUUGGUUAUCAAAGAGCUGUUCCUACAAAUAUUUGGAACAUAAUGAACGUCAAGGGAUUAGACAAAAACCAUGUCAUGAGUCAUCUCCAGAAAUUUCAAACGUUCCUGCGAAGUGUGCUGAAUGACGACAAUCCCAAUGUUGAAAUUUCUCAUUGGGGAGAUCCCAACUAUUACUCAAGUAUUGUGGGAGGAAAUCCAACUCAAAUGUUGAUUAAUCAACUUAGAGAGGAUCACAGAAGGGGGAAGUUGGACCCCCAUAAUCCUUUACGACCACCAAAACCAGAAAAUAGUACGAGGACGCACGUUCGAGCUCCAAAUGGAUCAAAUUCAACAUGUCCCUACCGGUUGCCACCAUUAACUAUACCUGCUCCAACAGAGUUGAGCAAUGCUACUACAUGGAAUCACAUGACUAAUCAAAUGGGCAAACAGUGUCAAACCAGUUUUGACCAAAACCCAAAUUACUCGUACACUGGAGGCAGUUUAUGGAAAGCUAAUAAUGUAAACUCUGGGAGUACUACUAGUGGAACCGGCCCAUCCUUGGUCCAUAAUCUGAGUUACGAGAGUAAUCAAAUGGGUUAUUGUGGUCAAACCACCGUGGCUGAUCAAGAAAGAAAUGUUUUUGCAACUGGAGGGCUAGUUGGAGGAGUGAACAACAAUAUAUUUACUUCAACAAAUAUUGUUGCACCUUCAAGCAUCCCAUUUAACUCCGAGCAAUCAAUUAAUUAUGGGGCGCAUGCCAGAAAUAACUUCUUUGAUGGAAACAACUUUGAUUUGCAUCAGGAAAAUCAUGUUGCGAUGGUGGAAGAGAAUCAAGCUGCCACCGGGGAUGACCAUGCAGUCGAUGAUGUGGAUGCUUUUAUAUCCUCUAUCUUAGACGACAACACAUUUUGA